UGAAGUCGGAUAUGAAUUUAACUAUCAAACACUUCGAAGAGUUGUUUAUACCUGAGGCUGCGUACCCGCAUAGUAUGGUCAGGAACGGAGGAUAUUAUAAGCCUUUAAACUGCUCGUCAAGGCAUAAAGUAGCCAUCAUAGUACCUUACAGAAACCAAAGCAAAUGUCUGACAGCCUUCCUGUUUAACAUUCAUCCGUUCCUGAUUAAUCAGAAUUUGGAGUAUCGAGUAUUUGUUAUAGAACAAUAUGGAGAUCGCGAGUUGAAUCGCGGCAGGCUUUUCAACGCUGGCUUCAAGGAAGCGGAGAAGUACGGCAAGUGGAACUGCGUGGUCUUCCACGACGUGAACCUGCUGCCGAUGAGUGGGCGCAUCCUGUACACCUGUCCCAUCUUCCCGCGACAGAUGAGCACCAUCAUAGUAGCAUCCAAUGGGACUAUCAUGAAUACAACGCUUUCACACAUAUACGGAAGUGUCACCGCCAUGACAAGAAAACAGUUUCUCAGAGUAAACGGGUACUCGAACCUGUACUGGGGGUGGAACAUACAGGAGCACGAUCUGAGUUUACGUCUUCGUCAUGCCAGGAUUCGUUUAGUAAGAUACAGCAGACUUAUUUCGAAAUAUGUGCUUCUGCCUGGGCUAAUCGAACCUUACAACAAUACUAAGGCCAUUCUGUUGGUGAACGCGGCUGAGCGCUACCGUCGCGAGGGUCUGGAGCAGCUGCAGUACCGGGUGGUCACCACCAAACAUGAUCAUCUUCACACGCACAUCCUCGUCGACAUUGAUGACCAAGUUUAAACUGUUCUCUGCUGAACUGGGAGUGAAUAAAUGACAUACAACGCA